AGUACGCAUUCGACCGCGCUCACGGCAGGGUCGCUCUCGGAAAUCUUUCUACGGAUAACGAUUCGAGUUGUGAUUUUUUUUUAUGGUGAUUCCUUCGAUACUGACUUCGUUUUGUGUUAUCGUAUAAUAUUGUACAGACAUGUUACACCGUCUCAAGAAUCUUGGAUCACCUGCUAUUGGAAUUGUAGAAAAAACUUUUUUCUAUUGAAUUAUGUUAACGUGACGCAAGUGAAGACCGUUUGAAAAUCGUAGAAGUUAUUAUGACCAAUAUUUUGCUACGAUUCGGGUGUCGAUUAUGAUAAGCGAGGAGCUUUGACCGAAAGUUGCAAAAUCGAAGCAGGAAUACCAAAGAAAAUGUGUGCCAAAAUGUUAUCGUAUAGUUUUUCCCUAUUUUCUAUCUUAUUGUGGAUUGGAGUGUCAGCAGAGGAGGAAGUGUCGUCUCCAUUGCGAGUAGCACAAUGCAGAGCCACUUGUUUGCAAAAGUUUGCGGCGCCGCGACCCGGUGGGGAGUCAUCGUGUUUGCAAGGCCCCGACUGUUUUAUGUGUUGGGAAAAUUGUGAGCUGCUACAAUCCAACUAUCAAGUUUGGGGCGCAGUUUGUGACGAAAAAGAUAUUUGUUUCCCCGGCUGUAAGGUUGCGUGUGAAUUCCACAUGGAAGCAGCCAGAGCGGCACAAACGCAACCUGUCAUCCACACCAAAGGUGAAGGUGUGAUGCGAGUCAGCGGAGCACUAGCUCGUUGGCCACCACCUGCACCCCGUGCCGCAUCUCGGCCAGCUCCUCUAGUAUACGUCGUGAUGCGCCGGGCAGCAGAAGGUCCAUGGCGUCAAAUUAUACAAACUCAAGCUCUGGCAACAAGAGUACCUUCCAAUAAUGAAGGCGCUCUCCUGAGAGUUUUAGUGGUUGAUCCUCAAGGCCUUGUUACAAUCUAUAGCCCAGAUGAGACUUGGGUGGCUCACGAUACAAAUACAUCGAACCAUGAUGAACAUAAAUGGACUUUGAAAGAGAUUUCUCUGAUUCACCAAAAAGUUCUUGUCAUUGGAGAAAUUGCUUGGGAACCUAGAAUAGCGAGAGGUGUCUAUCUAGUAACAUGGGAAGUGGAUGGUGGAGGUUUGAAAGGAAAUCUUUUCACAGAUUCGACUCGUGUUACAUUGUCUCUAUGGCCUGAUACAGUAUACCAUAUACAAGUAGAGUUAGUUUCUCGUACGCCUGGUGUGGAUAACGAAAGAUCUGAAACUAUGACAAUUGACACAAGUCGUGCUCAAAGGGUUUCAACCGAAAGUGUUCAAGAUGUUCAAGUUAGUGAAGGUGAUCGUCUCAUGUCAGUAUUGGUUAGUUCCAUGAGAGGAGAAAGGGUUCCGGAACGGGCUCCUGAUUCAGAGUUAGUAUUAGGUUGCUUGUCAGCUAUGAUUGCCUUUGGACUAGCAGUACUAGCUGCAAUUGUUUGGAGGCGAAGGAGGCGGGGCACGUUUCCAGGCACUAAUGUCUAUGUAGGAUCAUCUUCUGUCCUCAAACGUAAGUUAGUGGAAGAUUUUGCCCCGGCGGCACACUGUUUCCAACCCGUUUUAACUCCAGAAGCUUCCAAUAAUGUCACAGCUCGUGAUGUGGUUGUGUGACGUCACAGCUUUGAUAUGCUGUCGAUCGAAGAUCGCGCCUUCAGUUCCUAAACGUUUUGAAAGAAUUAUCUAUUUGUGAAAAACGAUCUUAAUCGGACUAAGUGAUUUAAUUCACAUGUGAUAACCGAGAACUCAAAGAAUAAUGUAUGGACAAAACUAUGAUAAAGUUUUAUUGUGAAAUUAUUUGUGUUUAUCAGCUAAAGAACUUUUCAGAACUUAUUGUAAAUGCUGCUGUAAUAAAUAUAUUGUGAAUUUUUUGUAUGUAGACAUAGGAAAUUGUAAAUUGUGAAACUAUUAUAAAUGUAUUUAUGAAACACAGUAAGGUUAACACCAGAAAAUUUAGCAGUGUAAAUAUGUUAAGCAAAAAAUAAUGAACCAUAAUUUUCUAAAAAUGAAAAUUAAUUUAUACUACCUACUUGUACAUAAAUGGCCGUAAUGCAAAACAUGAGAUCACUUGUAUGUUUGAUUCCCAGAUUAUUUGUAACUGUACCACGGGAUCUUGAUAGAGUUCAUGUUUUAUAGUCUUAUCAGUAUAAAUAUUAACUAGAACCUAUUUUUACAACUAGUCCAUAUUAUCGUUUAGUUACAUAGUUAAUAGAUAUAAUUAACUAUUAAUAAUUUCGGUGAGUAUUUUACUCAUUCUAGUGAACUUUAUGAUGUCUUCUUCAGCAAUAAAUAUAGGUAUGUAUGUAUUUGUAAAUAUUCGAAGCAUUUAUUGUAAAAACAGAGAAAUUAUAUUUUUCUUGACCGUCAAUGGAAAAAAUGUUUAUAUGAAAGGAAAUGUUCAUUUCGUGUUACGAAUUUUAAUAUUCAAAUUGUUUUAUGCAGAACAAGUUCAACAACAAUAUUUUCUUCCUUGUAGCUACCCAAUGCAAUGUCAUAAUAUAGUCAUAUUGUUUAAAGAUGAUGUUAGGCUUUAAACAGCGUACUUAAAUAACUUAAGUUUGUCGUUUAAUGAUAUAUAACAAAACAAUUUGUUCUGUGUCAAGAGGAAAACAUCGUGGAUUUUAUUUCAAACCAAAAUCCUUGUAGUGUAAGUUAAGAGGAUUAAAUUUAUUUAUUUUUGUGAUUAAUAUUGUACCUUCACUCGAUCUGUAAAUAACAUUACUUGCUAUAAAUGAAGCUGAACUUUAACGAGUAUAAAUAAAUAUGUCUGCCAAAUUAAA